AGAGCAGAGGCGCAAGGCGCUGAGGCGGUUCCCGGGACCGCAGCGCUCUUGCGCUCCUUCUCUCCCUCCUUCCGCCGCUUCCACCGGGCCCGCCCCGGCCUGCACCGCCCCGGCCCGCCAUGGAGGCGAACCCGCCGAAGCGGAAAGAGACGCGCAAGGCGCUGCGAAUUAAAGUGAUCUCCAUGGGGAACGCGGAGGUGGGCAAGAGCUGCAUUAUAAAGCGUUACUGUGAGAAGAGGUUCGUCCCAAAAUAUUUGGCGACUAUAGGUAUCGACUACGGCGUCACCAAAGUGCAGGUUCGAGACCGAGAGAUCAAGGUGAACAUCUUUGACAUGGCAGGACACCCCUUCUUCUAUGAGGUGAGGAACGAGUUUUACAAGGACACACAGGGGGUCAUCCUGGUCUAUGACGUGGGGCAGAAGGAGUCCUUUGACGCGCUGGACGCGUGGCUGGCAGAGAUGAAGCAGGAGCUGGGCCCCCACGGCAACAUGGAGAACAUUGUCUUCGUUGUGUGUGCCAACAAGAUUGACUGUGCCAAACACCGCAGCGUGGAUGAAAGUGAGGGGCGGCUCUGGGCAGAGGGUCGGGGCUUCCUCUACUUUGAGACAUCAGCCCAGACAGGAGAAGGAAUCAACGAGAUGUUUCAGAAUUUCUACUCAGCCAUCAUUGACCUAUGUGACAAUGGGGGGAAGCGGCCCCUUUCCAGCGUGGGGGUCGGCUUCACCAAGGAGCAGGCAGAUGCCAUUCGCAGGAUCCGCAGCAGCAAGGACAGCUGGGACAUGUUGGGGGUCAAACCCGGUGCCACGAGGGAUGAAGUGAACAAAGCCUAUCGGAAGCUGGCCGUGCUGCUCCACCCUGACAAGUGUGUGGCUCCCGGCAGCGAAGACGCCUUCAAGGCCGUGGUGAACGCCCGGACUGCACUCCUCAAAAACAUCAAGUAGGGAACAGAACAACUCUGAGCUGGAAACCUUCCCCUCUUCCCAGAUAGCCCCCAGGACAGUGGGAGACCCCUCUCCUUCUCACACGUGCCCACAGGUGCUCCCAGCACCAGCUGUGGGAGCAGGACUGCACUCAACUGCGAGGUGCUGCAAAGGGGCAGAGUGCUGAGGAGGGGAGAGGGACCCUGGAGCCCUCCCUGCAUCCAUGGCCCCAGGUCAUGGUGAGUGUGAGUGCCAGAAGCAAUGAGGUCUCUCCCUCCUUGUCUGUGUCCCACCUCACAGGAGUCACCAGCCGUGGGAGGGUUUGGAUGUGUGGCUCGUAACUUGUGGAUGCAGCAAGGGCAGAGCAAGAUCUCUGACCCCAAAACUGCUGCUCCUGAAAGCAUCAGUGUGCUGGGUGGGUGAUGCCCAGGAUAGGCAGUGGGUUGUCAGUCCUGGGUUAUCCCAGAACCACCCCUGUGGGGCUGUUCCUGCUGAAGGCGUGGUUUUACUUGUCAGGCAAAGCUGUCUCCCUCCCUCUGAACCCCAGCGACCUCCCUUUUGGCAGAGAGGGGAAAGGUGGGUUCCUUGAGGAAACUUCACACUGUAGGGAGAAACUGGCUCCAAGAGUGUCCUUUUCCCCAUUUCCCCAAGCCAUCGUGGUGCCAAGAAGGGUCCCUUUUGCAGGAGUAUGGCUGUCCCCAGGCACCCCCCUCCUCACAGCAGAGUCUCCUGCCACCACUUUCCACCCCCCUGAGCAUCAGGAAGAGCCCUGAAGGCUGCAGUCCUCAAGCCACAUGCUUCUCUCUCCCAGCACUCUCCUCAUACUGUGCUGACAAGCUCUAAGUAGGUGCCAGUAGGCUCCCUGAGGGCCUGUCCUCAGGUGUGGGUGGCCCUGGCUAUUUACAGGCAGGAGGAGGGUGCUUAGCCAAGAGGAGGCAAUUCAGCCCCCAGCACAGCUGCCUGUCAGCUGUGUCCGUCCCCAACAAGUGCUUGGGGUGAGUUGGGAUCUGGCUGUUGCAUUCCUGAGGGAGGGCAAAGCUGUGGUGGCUGCCAGGUUCCUGGGGGAGAGCAAACAGGGGAUUCUCUGGGCUGCCCUGGUUUUGUCAGGCCUCUGUUUUCUUUCCUUGCUGCUGUGGGAGCUUGGUAGGGAAGGUCAGGAGGACACCAAGCUAUGGUAUGGAAGCCACUGACUGUGUGUAUGUGUCCUCACCCCACUCUACACUUACCCUCUUUGAAAGAGUUUUCUCUUAUGUUCGGUGCAAUAUAUAUCUUAUUUUUCACUUCAAGGCAGCUCUUCUGUGUUUCCCCUUCAAAACAGAUCAUGAAUCAACA